AGUACGAGAAGUACCAGAAUGAAUGUCAUGUUGUGGGUACGCUAAUGUCGUCUGUAGCAAGCAAUUUACUGUAAAAAUGACCGGGCACACUUUAUUUAGCGUCGCAUUGUUAACCAGACACGUCGUAAACAAUGCGUCAUUACUAACUCUCCGCAGGAAUAACGCGUUAAACAAGUUACAAGCGUGUGGGUAUGCGAAAAAAGUGGUCGUUAAAGGCAAAGGAAAAGGGAUGGUUAAAGAGGAGAUGCAAGGACCAGAGGUAUGCAAAGAUCCAGUCAGACUGACUUCUUAUGCAGUGGGUGUCAACAUCUACAAACAAGGAGAAGACCCCCAACUCAAACCAGUGGAGGAAUACCCAGAGUGGCUCUUUCAGUUAAACUUAGAGGCGCCACACAAGCUGCACGACCUGGAGGAACAUACCUGGGAGUACUGGAAGCGUCUUCGGAAGGAGAAUAUCUGGCGUCACAACAGAUUACAUAAAGGAAAGAAGUUUUAGACAACCGGACUGGACCGGGUUGUUUAUAUCAUGUCGUUUGCAUCCAAUGACUUGAGUGUUCAUGUGUUUGUAUUUUAUUUUCUAAUAUCCAUCCCUCAUUAAAUUUACAGUAUAGACUUUCA